AUGCUCCGCUCCACGUGGCUCUUCAACGCCGUUCGCCUGCUGCUCGCCCACUCGGGCCAGCUGGCGCUCUCCUAUUGGCUGCACUCCAUCUCCGCCAGCAAGCUGCGCGCCAGGGGGCUCUCACCACUCUGCAGCCGCGGACCUGGGGGGGAGGGGAGGGGAGAGGGGGGGGGAUGGGGGUCCGCGGAAUUAGGGGGAAGAGGAGAUGGGGAGGGGGUGAGGAUGGAUGGAGGGGAGUGGGGAGGAGUGAGCAUGGUGGUGAAGACACACGAGUGGGCAGAGGGGUGGGAGGUGGGCGAGUGGAGUGGGGUGGUGCUGCUCACUGAGAGGGACGUGUGUGGCGUCGCUGACUCCUACCUCCGCCAUGGCGUCUGGCUGUCCACGCUGCCGCGUCCUCAGUUGUGCGCCACGUGUGAGCCCUUGCACCACUCACUGCGCCCACCCUGCACCACUCACUGCGCCCACCCUGCACCACUCACUGCGCCCACCCUGCACCACUCACUGCGCCCACCCUGCACCACUCACUGCGCCCACCCUGCACCACUCACUGCGCCCACCCUGCACCACUCACUGCGCCCACCCUGCACCACUCACUGCGCCCACCCUGCACCACUCACUGCGCCCACCCUGCACCACUCACUGCGCCCACCCUGCACCACUCACUGCGCCCACCCUGCACCACUCACUGCGCCCACCCUGCACCACUCACUGCGCCCACCCUGCACCACUCACUGCGCCCACCCUGCACCACUCACUGCGCCCACCCUGCACCACUCACUGCGCCCACCCUGCACCACUCACUGCGCCCACCCUACACCACUCACUGCGCCCACCCUGCACCACUCACUGCGCCCACCCUGCACCACUCACUGCGCCCACCCUGCACCACUCACUGCGCCCACCCUGCACCACUCACUGCGCCCACCCUGCACCACUCACUGCGCCCACCCUACACCACUCACUGCGCCCACCCUGCACCACUCACUGCGCCCACCCUGCACCACUCACUGCGCCCACCCUACACCACUCACUGCGCCCACCCUGCACCACUCACUGCGCCCACCCUGCACCACUCACUGCGCCCACCCUGCACCACUCACUGCGCCCACCCUGCACCACUCACUGCGCCCACCCUGCACCACUCACUGCGCCCACCCUGCACCACUCACUGCGCCCACCCUGCACCACUCACUGCGCCCACCCUGCACCACUCACUGCGCCCACCCUGCACCACUCACUGCGCCCACCCUGCACCACUCACUGCGCCCACCCUGCACCACUCACUGCGCCCACCCUACACCACUCACUACGCCCACCCUGCACCACUCACUGCGCCCACCCUGCACCACUCACUGUGCCCACCCUACACCACUCACUGCGCCCACCCUGCACCACUCACUGCGCCCACCCUGCACCACUCACUGCGCCCACCCUGCACCACUCACUGCGCCCACCCUGCACCACUCACUGCGCCCACCCUGCACCACUCACUGCGCCCACCCUGCACCACUCACUGCGCCCACCCUGCACCACUCACUGCGCCCACCCUGCACCACUCACUGCGCCCACCCUGCACCACUCACUGCGCCCACCCUGCACCACUCACUGCGCCCACCCUGCACCACUCACUGCGCCACCACUCACUGCGCCCACCCUGCACCACUCACUGCGCCCACCUUGCACCACUCACUGCGCCCACCCUGCACGGAUAUCCUCCUCACCACCUCCACUCCUGCACCCCCCUCCCCCCCGCACCCCCCUGUCCCCCGCAUCUCCUUCUCUCUGAUGUCGUCCAAGCCCCUCCUGGCCGCACCCACUAUCCAUGUCCCCCACACACUUGUACUUCCAUCCAUGGAUGCCGGUGGCUCCUCAUCUGCCAUACAUGGAUGCCGGUGGCUCCUCAUCUGCCAUACAUGGAUGCCGGUGGCUCCUCAUCUGCCAUACAUGGAUGCCGGUGGCUCCUCAUCUGCCAUACAUGGAUGCCGGUGGCUCCUCAUCUGCCAUACAUGGAUGCCGGUGGCUCCUCAUCUGCCAUACAUGGAUGCCGGUGGCUCCUCAUCUGCCAUACAUGGAUGCCGGUGGCUCCUCAUCUGCCAUACAUGGAUGCCGGUGGCUCCACAUCUGCCAUACAUGGAUGCCGGUGGCUCCUCAUCUGCCAUACAUGGAUGCCGGUGGCUCCUCAUCUGCCAUACAUGGAUGCCGGUGGCUCCUUAUCUGCCAUACAUGGAUGCCGGUGGCUCCUCAUCUGCCAUACAUGGAUGCCGGUGGCUCCUCAUCUGCCAUACAUGGAUGCCGGUGGCUCCUCAUCUGCCAUACAUGGAUGCCGGUGGCUCCUCAUCUGCCAUACAUGGAUGCCGGUGGCUCCUCAUCUGCCAUACAUGGAUGCCGGUGGCUCCUCAUCUGCCAUACAUGGAUGCCGGUGGCUCCACAUCUGCCAUACAUGGAUGCCGGUGGCUCCUCAUCUGCCAUACAUGGAUGGCGGUGGCUCCACAUCUGCCAUACAUGGAUGCCGGUGGCUCCUCAUCUGCCAUACAUGGAUGCCGGUGGCUCCACAUCUGCCAUACAUGGAUGCCGGUGGCUCCUCAUCUGCCAUACAUGGAUGGCGGUGGCUCCACAUCUGCCAUACAUGGAUGCCGGUGGCUCCUCAUCUGCCAUACAUGGAUGCCGGUGGCUCCUCAUCUGCCAUACAUGGAUGCCGGUGGCUCCUCAUCUGCCAUACAUGGAUGCCGGUGGCUCCUCAUCUGCCAUACAUGGAUGCCGGUGGCUCCUCAUCUGCCAUACAUGGAUGCCGGUGGCUCCUCAUCUGCCAUACAUGGAUGCCGGUGGCUCCUCAUCUGCCAUACAUGGAUGCCGGUGGCUCCACAUCUGCCAUACAUGGAUGCCGGUGGCUCCUCAUCUGCCAUACAUGGAUGCCGGUGGCUCCACAUCUGCCAUACAUGGAUGCCGGUGGCUCCUCAUCUGCCAUACAUGGAUGCCGGUGGCUCCACAUCUGCCAUACAUGGAUGCCGGUGGCUCCUCAUUUGCCAUACAUGGAUGCCGGUGGCUCCUCAUCUGCCAUACAUGGAUGCCAGUGGCUCCUCAUCUGCCAUACAUGGAUGCCGGUGGCUCCACAUCUGCCAUACAUGGAUGCCGGUGGCUCCUCAUCUGCCAUACAUGGAUGCCGGUGGCUCCUCAUCUGCCAUACAUGGAUGCCGGUGGCUCCUCAUCUGCCAUACAUGGAUGCCGGUGGCUCCUCAUCUGCCAUACAUGGAUGCCGGUGGCUCCUCAUCUGCCAUACAUGGAUGCCGGUGGCUCCUCAUCUGCCAUACAUGGAUGCCAGUGGCUCCUCAUCUGCCAUACAUGGAUGCCGGUGGCACCUCAUCUGCCAUACAUGGAUGCCGGUGGCUCCUCAUCUGCCAUACAUGGAUGCCGGUGGCUCCUCAUCUGCCAUACAUGGAUGCCGGUGGCUCCUCAUCUGCCAUACAUGGAUGCCAGUGGCUCCUCAUCUGCCAUACAUGGAUGCCGGUGGCUCCACAUCUGCCAUACAUGGAUGCCGGUGGCUCCUCAUCUGCCAUACAUGGAUGCCGGUGGCUCCUCAUCUGCCAUACAUGGAUGCCGGUGGCUCCUCAUCUGCCAUACAUGGAUGCCGGUGGCUCCACAUCUGCCAUACAUGGAUGGCGGUGGCUCCUCAUCUGCCAUACAUGGAUGCCGGUGGCUCCUCAUCGGCCAUACAUGGAUGCCGGUGGCUCCUCAUCUGCCAUACAUGGAUGCCGGUGGCUCCUCAUCUGCCAUACACGGAUGCCGGUGGCUCCUCAUCUGCCAUACAUGGAUGCCGGUGGCUCCUCAUCUGCCAUACAUGGAUGCCGGUGGCUCCUCAUCUGCCAUACAUGGAUGCCAGUGGCUCCUCAUCUGCCAUACAUGGAUGCCGGUGGCUCCUUAUCUGCCAUACAUGGAUGCCGGUGGCUCCUCAUCUGCCAUACAUGGAUGCCGGUGGCUCCUCAUCUGCCAUACAUGGAUGCCGGUGGCUCCUCAUCUGCCAUACAUGGAUGCCGGUGGCUCCUCAUCUGCCAUACAUGGAUGCCGGUGGCUCCUCAUCUGCCAUACAUGGAUGCCGGUGGCUCCUCAUCUGCCAUACAUGGAUGCCGGUGGCUCCUCAUCUGCCAUACAGGGAUGCCGGUGGCUCCUCAUCUGCCAUACAUGGAUGCCGGUGGCUCCUCAUCUGCCAUACAUGGAUGCCGGUGGCUCCUCAUCAGUCACUACCCUCACUCGAUUCUCUCUUGCCAUCUUUCGUCUCUCUCCUCCUCUCCCUGCUGCAUCGCACCUCGUGUGUCGUCCCACUGCGAGCUCUGGAUGAAGAACGUGUUUAACCUCUCCCUUCUCCCUCACCCGCGCAUCAAAGCACACAUGCAGGCCUACCUGUGUGACCACCAGCGGUGGAAGCAGCAUGCUGCGGCCGUCAUCCCCUUGGCGUCCAUCGUGCCGCUCGGCAGCCCCUCGGAGCUGCACUGCCUCUUUCGCCUCGCUGUGCUCCUGGGCCUCUCCACCCUGGAAGGGGCGGCGGAAAGGGCAGCUGCUGAAGGGGUGCCGGAAGGGUCCGGGCUUGAGGCGAGUUUGAGCAGUGUGGGGAGAGGGCGAGGUGGUGGGAGGGCAGUGGACGUGCGUGCCGUGUCAAGGGCCCUUGCUCAGCUGCCCGUUCCCACAGGCUGGGCGCCAGACCCGGUGACCAAGCUGUGGCCGCGCCACAAGGGUUCAGCCCACGCAGGCAAGGGGGAUCAGCAAGGGGCCUGA